AUGGUACCGGAAUGGGUAGAUGCCUCCAAACUCUCCGAGAGAUUUCAAAAGCAUCAUCCUCCCACUUUUUACAAGCUGAUCCAUGACUCGAUGUUCCCAGCUACUUGGCUAUGGGAUCUCGAGAGAAUCUUUGAAGUACUGUCAUGCAAUCAUCUCGAGAAUAUCCGAUGUGCUACUUUCCAACUCCGAGGUGACGCUGAUGUAUGGUGGCGUUCCUCGAAGGAUCAUUUCUGUGCAAAAUAUCCCAAUGCUACUUGGGCUCAAUUUAAGGAAGCUUUUCUCGAGAACUACUUUCCAAGAAACUUCCAGGAAAAGAAGAAAAUUGAAUUCAUGAACCUCAGUCAAGGAUCCAAAUUAGUCCUUGAAUACCAACAACUCUUUGAGGAGUAUUUCAAUUUUGCUCCGAUCCAUUUGAAAACUGAGGACGUGAAGGCAAGAAGGUUUGAGAGAGGACUUAGACCUAGUCUGAGUACUACAGUGGUGUUGCACAAGUACCCCACCUAUGCAGAGGUGGUGGAAGCUGCUAAGCUGAUAGAAGAUCAGUAG